GCGACUGUAUGCCGGCCUCAUGAAUGGAGUUUCCAAGUAUAAAUAUCGCUUGCCUAUAAGCUCUUGUAAAGAUGGGAACUGACCCGGCGCGCUAACUCUGAUAGGAAGUGGCGUGUGUGGGUGGGUGUGUUCUCUGGCAGGUUCUUUCUUGAUGCCUUUCAUUCAUGUCUCGUCAUCUCCCUACCUUCAUCCUCUAUACUACAAGUAUGCAGCGACCUGGUGAGACGUUGACUUCUGUGGCAUGAGCAGUGUUCGCUCUCCUGAUCUGCUAAUCUUCGCGUAUUGAGCGACGCUCAUCAACCACGUUGCCUUCAUUUCUACAAAGUGAUCAUGAAUAAGACAGCAUUAUCCAAAUGUACUCCAACAGCUUCUGGAGGACGGCAGAAAGUAGUUGAUCUGCAUAGCUUCGUGGAUGGCUUGACUUCAUACCAGAUUCGAGACCUCGUUGACAUUUUGAAGUGCGAUAGAUUUCGGUUUCACCGCGACAUUAUCGGUGACCUUCCGGUAGAGCUUGUGAUUAUGAUCUUUUCUUACUUGGAUCCAAUCGCGCCUUUCCUGUAUCAACGCGUGUCCAAACGAUGGUAUUGUGUGCUCUCGUCUGCGCAGGUUCUGGAUGCAUCUCUGUCACUAUGGUAUUCACCAGACGAUCCUCCGCUUUUUGGUGAGACUAUGGGUCUCCAUGAAACUAAAAAGAUGGAGCUGUAUGCCAGACUUGAGCAUAUUCAACGCUUUCGAACUGGCUGGCAUGCUUCAUCGAUGAUUAUAGACACCGUGAUGCUCAAUAAAGGGCAGAACAAAGAGCUAUUGGCUCUUAAUAGCAGGUUUUUGGCCUGGGUUGACGGCAACCACGAUGUAAUAAUUCUCAACCUUUAUACCAGGGAGCGCUACAAUCAUGCGACCCCUGGACGAACGCAGUCCCGCCUAACAAUGUCUGAAGACUUAUUGCUCAUGUUACAACAUGGUAGAACUCACUAUGUCCUCGAUCUUAAUACCAGGGGAGUCUACCACUUAACGCUUCCUUCCAAUAAUAUAUCUGCUUUGAGUCUAUCUGGACGAACAAUUGCUUUCAUGAUGCACCCUGCCUAUAGAGGGGGAGCGAGGACCAUCAUAAUUUGGGAAUCCAGCAAUCAAAAACUGUCAUCAUUAACUCUUCUAAACGAUCGUCCAACUACUUGUUCGUCGAUUACUGAUCCCAUGGAAUGUAUCAUGUCGCCUGCUGCGAUUCAUUUCAUUGGCAAGACUCGAACUAUACUAACAGCGUGGAAAGGUCAUGAUAGAAACACUGUAGUUUUGGGUGUGAAAAGAUACACAAUAGAAGGAGUUUUACUCGAGGAGGAAGAUAUCGAAUACCUGAGUCUUGACGACCUGAAGUCAGGGCCCAUCGAAUGGCCUAAGGUCAUGUCCGAACUGGAAAUUGACAUAACAUGCAUGUCUUCGUUCGCUGGCAGAGUCAAUGUGAAAGUCGACUGGAAGUUUCACGAUCCGUACGUUACCCGGGAUUCGCCAGACUGGAUCCAAAUAGGACAGACGUGUACAUACGAGUACGCCAACAAACAUUUAACAACGCUGUCAAGGGGCUUCACGCUGCCUUCAAGUGGUCAAAUCAUAAUGAGUCUCGGAUGCAAGGGUUUCGACUUGUUUAGGACCAGCUCAGGGAUAAUAUACUUGACGGGCAGUAUAAAUGGCAAAGUUAGACGCAUGUGGCGAGAUAGCAGUCAUAUUUCUACGAACAUGAACGACCUGCACACUUUCAAAGACGUCAACGCGCUCCGUCCACAUGAGUGGUACAGUCGCGACGAAGAUCUUUGCCGUGGAACAUUUCUCUGGAAUGACCGCUUUCUUGUUCAUGCAGACACUAGUAUCUUUGUCUGGGCCUUCGAUCCUCACUGUAUGCUUGUGAGCGAUGAGGAGGAGGAGCAUACAGCGGGUUGAGUCAAUCGAAGCUAUUCAUGCUCGAGCAGCCUGCUCGUGCUCCUAUGACCGAUCCCCUGUGAAACUUGGAGUGCAUGUGUAAAACGAACACAUAGGCUUAGCUUGGAUAUCUGCGAUAGAAGGUCGCAAUUGAAAGCCUCGAAACUCCAGAUAUAGGAUAUUCCGGCGUGAUUAGGAGAUCAGAUCAUUACAGGCAGGGCUGCAAGGAAGACCUCUGAUUGGCCGUCACAACACAAAUCGCAGUUCAAUUCGCACGAAUUAUCAAAUGUGUGUUCG